CAACAAGCAAGAAAGGAAAGAAGCCCGGUUGUUGCUGACUGUGCUGUUGUUGUUUUUGGCGCACUCAUCCAUCAACCACCUUGGCCGCUGUGACACACCAAGACGACCAUCAUCGCGUGCGCAGGAUGGCGACAAAGACAAAGACAACAAUGGCAUGCUUGAUGCGGGUGCUUGGGCCUUCCGGGCGGUUGGUUGCACGGGAUGCCUCUCGCACCACUUCCCCACUGCCAAAGCGGGUGUCCACCGUGGUCACAGCAACCACAACCACCACAACAGCCACAACAGCAACAACCACAACCACAGCACCGAGUACAUCUGGAUCCUCGUCCCCGCUGGCAACGCUGGCGUCGGACCUGACUGCAACUUUACCGUCCUCCUCCUCCACCUCCGCCACUGCCUCUUCCUCCUCUCCAACGACAACCACAAGAUCGGCGUCCACCACAACCAACGCAGCGACCACGUAUCCCGUGCCCGAAUUGAAUGGGGCGCAGCACCCAUCGAUCGUCCGACUCAAGCAGGCCAUCGCCAAGCUCAAGAGCAUGCCGGCUGUCUUUGAGGCGGCUUCGUCCCUGUCGUCGUGGGCCUCUGCGGACCUGGCGCGGUUUCGGUCCCCAUCGUAUGGUGCAGGGCAGGACAGCCAGACCAGGACCAAGAACUUGGACUUUUACUGCAACCGCAUCCCUUCUCAACCAAACGGAGACCUCAUCGAUGCCAUCCACAGCACAUGGUUGCACAAGCACGCCCUGCUGGAAGAGCACCAUGGAUACAUCCAGUGGCUCUUUCCUCUGCACGAGGCCGGCGUAAAUGGGCUGGCGCAGGUGCUGCAGCGACCAGAGCUCGAGCAGAUGCGGCGGGACCCCAAGAUUCGCAUCAGGGUGCAGCGCUCGUUUGAACUCAUGCUCGACUUUUACGGUUUCGUUCUCGAGGACCCGUGA